AUGGAUGCCGAUUCCGAAGUUCAAAACGUGACAACUUCGUACAGAUGCUGUUGUGAAUCUAUAGGAAUAAAGGUUUUUCUUUUUUCCGCAGCCAUUUACCCCAUUUUUUUGAAUUUUUGUUCAAAAGCUUCAAAUUGAUGUUGAGACUUUGUAGAAAAGUUUUCAGAAAGGAGCGUAUGCGGUCGCUUUCUUUUAUGCAACCAUCAUAAUUUCAAAUCUUUGCAUUAGAGCUGUGAAAUCCGAAGAGGUCUCGUUUUAUUAAAUGUUCCAUUCGCAUAUUCUAUUUUAGGUUGAGUGGAACUGGCAGCUUCUAUUUUUGGUCAGCGACUCAAUCGCCGUAAUCAGUCUUUUUUAUGGGAUCUCCAGGCAACAUGCCGCGUUUCUUCAGCCUUUCACCGUUCUCAGCGUAAAUUCCACUUCCGCUUCCGAUUUCUAAAUUUGUGUUCAAUGAGCAGAUAGUUACGGUAUCGUUUUGUCUGCUGCUGUCGGUGUUCUAUCUCUCCGCUGUCCUAGACCCCCAUUCGUAUGCAGCCGAACAAAUCGAGAUAAUGUUGGCCGACAAAAUACAAUAUUUUGCCGAGUUGCUGAGUACAACUCCCAAGACAGGUGAUCUCAUUGGGAAAGGGCAAUCUUUCAGGCUAUUUUGGAAUAAUAGUAGUCUAUGAAACCUCUACUUCACAACCAAAGUUUCUAAACAAUCCAAAGAUUAUGUUUAUCAUUUAGUUUUUUGAAUGACCAGAAUACAUCAAUUGCGGAAUAAUUUUGCCUUAAAACUGUUAAGCAGGAAACAGGGAUGUGCGACAGCCAAUCUUUUUUGAAAAUUAAAAAAAAAAACAAGCAAUAAAUUUGGUUUGAUUUUUUUUCGAGGAACGAUAGGAUUUCGCUUCAGUUCGGUCUCCGCUGACUUGCAAAGGUGUUUGAAAAAAAGAUUUUUGACUUUUCAGAAAAAAGAUAAACACGCCUCUGCAAAAAUUUUUGAUUAGAAUCGACAUUUUUUUGAGGCCAGAAUAAAGCUUUUUAAAUUUUUUUGAAUAAUAUAGUAAAUUUGAGAAAAAUGCUGAACCUUUCGAUUAUUCUGAUUCUCAUCGCCUCCGAGAGCGUCCAAAAAAAAUUUUCAAUGGUCCAUUUUUACUUCAGUUUUUAUGAAAAAUGAUCCACAUCGAACCCCGAAAUUAGCACUUACCGACACGUCAACUAAUUCAAGGCAUUUUUGCAGUGAUCGUGACGUCGGGCGCAAUUGGAAGCCUGGUGUACGCCUGCACGUUGUGUGUGCAUAGUUGGUUCAUGUUCAUCGUGGUGCGAACAGCUCAGUACUUCCGUUCCCUUCAUCUUGAACCCGUGUGA